AAACUGCAGGGGGAAGCGUCGCUCUGUGUGGAAAUAUUAAUUUAUUCACUGUCCUUGUUGUAGUAACCACACAUAGCGACCAAGUUGUGGGUAAUUAACACAAAAUAACACCUCCUCGGUCUGAUAGGCACAGACAGGAAACAAUGCACUGGCAGUUAUUUCCUCCUCUGCAUCUGAGUCGUGCUGUAAACUACAAGGCUGAUGGAGUCAAACAAUUUUAAAGAGCUUCUGGAGGAGUUUAAAGAAUUGCACAAGCAGAGGUUAAGAUGCGUCGACCUGGAUACGCACGCACAUGGAGAGGACCUGCUGCAGAAGAAAGUGAAUUUCCUGCAGUCUUAUGUGAAAGACCUCGAAGACCAGAACCAGGUGUUGGUUCAGACUAUCGAGGAUCUGCAGGGGGAAGCUGACCACAAGGUUUCUAAUGUGGGGAAGGAGCUACGCACCUCUGAUGGCAUUGAGGACGAGUCUGAGGUGGAUCUGACGACUAUGCGUCUACAGGAUCUUGUUGAACCUGCAGCUCUCAUCCCUCUCAGUUCGGGUUCCUCGCUCCAGAUUGCUUCUGAGUUGGAGGACCUGAAAGACCGGCUGCAGACUAAGGACGGGGUCAUAUCUGAUCUGGAGAGGGAGCAUGAGGACAUUUUUCAGCAAAAGCAAGAGGUGCUGGAGCGGAGUGAGAGGCUGCUGCACCUGCAGAGCCAGCUCUCCUGUCUGCAGGGGAUCCACAGAGACAACGUGAAGGAGAUAGCUGAGAAAGAUGUUUGCAUCACUAAACUGCGAGCUACCGCUGAGCUGCUGCGACAAGAGGGGUCCGACACUCAUGUUCAGUUCUCCACACUGAGUGAGGAGCUGAGGAGGAAAGAGGAAGAAUGGAGGCAAAUAGGAGAUGAACGGAGACUGGAAUAUGAAGAGGAGCUGCAGAAAGCAGAGGAGAGAGAGGAGGAGUGGAAGAGGGGGAUUGAGAGGGAGAGAAAGGCCCAUGCUCAAGCUGUUAGAAAGUGGGCUGAGGAGGCAGCUGCUUUGAAUGCUGAGAUGAAAGAGAGAGAGGAGCAUGUGAGAGAUCUGGACCAGGAUGUGGUGGGUUUGCGAGCCACACAGGACUCUCUCAAGAGAAGCUUGGCCAUGAAGGAGAAACACACGAAGCAGCUGGUCCACGAGAACACAGAGCUCAAAGAGAGCCUGGCUUCACUGCAGAGCAAACUGCAGACGGGUGAAUGCAUGCUGAGGGAUAUCAGGGAGACCCUGGAUCAGACCAAAAGCAGCCUGCAGACGGAGAGGCAGCAGAAGCAGCAGACCCAGGACCAGCUGCACCAUGCACAGGAAGAGAUGGAGCAUCUGCAACAGGAGCUGACACAUGUGCAUCGCUCCACUGAAAAGAAGAUUCACAAGAAGGAGAUUAAGACGAGUGCGCUGGUGAAAGAGCUCUCAGAGAGGAAGAGGCAGCACUCUGAAAGCCAGAAGGAGUUGCUCCAAACAGAAAGAGCUUUGCAGAAACUGUGCGAGGAGAAGGAUGAGCUGAGAGCCAAGAUGGACGACCGGAGCAGAGAGUGUGUCCACCUCAAGCAGGCCCAGGAGAGGCUGGAGGCUGAUCUGGCUCUGAGCCAUGAGAAACUCCACACCUUGCACCUGGAGGUUCGGAGCAGAGAUCAGCUAAUUCUGCAGUUAAGAGCAGAAAUGAAGUCAGCGGAACAAAAGACACAGGAACAGGUGGCUGCACUGGAGGCUGAGGUGAGACGGUUGAAACACAAAGCCAGAGAACAUCAGCAGGAGGCCUGUAAGUUAAAUGAGAAGGUGAGAGGCAUCCAGUGCCUUCAAGACCGGACGGAGAAAGACCAACAGCAGCUACAUGAUCAGCUCUGUACCAGUCAGCAACAAGUGCAGACAUGUGAAGAAAGGCUGAAGAGGCAGGAGGUGGAGAUGGAACUUCUUCACCAGCAGCUAAAGGGAGCCAAGGAGGAGCUGAGAGAUGCCAGUGUACAAAAAGGAAGUGUAGCCAUUUUUAAACAGAAGUACACCGCAGCGAUAGAGAAGGUGCACAGGGUGCAGGGACGGGUGGAGCAUUUGGAAGAGGAGCUACGGUAUUCACAGCAACAGCUAAGAGACUCUCACUUAGCGGCUUGUUCUGUGAAGGAAGAGCUAGCUGAGAUGGUGCAGCGAUUACAGGAAAAGGUUAUCCAAUGGGAGAACUCUCAGGAGGCUCUGGACCAGCUGACAGAUGAGCUCCAGACCAAUCAGAAUCUACUUAGAGAGAGUCAGCAAGAAGUGGAUCAUCUUACAGGCCUGAGAGGAUCUCUGCAGGAGCAGGUGGACACGCUGAAACAGCAGAAACUAGUGUUGGAGUGUGAUCUACGGAUAUAUCAGCAGAGCCAUUCUCAUGCAGACGAGGAGUUUCAAAACCUGCUGAGAGACAGACAACAGCUGCAGAAGCGCUGUGCCGAGCAGGUUGAGCGCCACGCAGAGUGUGAAAAGGCUAUUCUUCAGAUGAAGUCAGAGCUGCAGAGACAAGUUCAGGAAAAAGUGGCUCUGAAACAAAGUCUCCUUGCAUCCAACCACACCCACACGAGCAAUCGCACCCAGCUGGAACAGGAAGUGAUCCAUCUGAAAAAGGAAGUGACACGCCUCGAGCUGGAGCUGGCGGACAACCAAAAGGUACAUGUGGCACUUCUCAGAGAGUCCGAGGAGGAGCUGAGGGAGGCCAGAAGAGAGGCGGCGAGACUGGGCAGCGAGGUAGAUGCACGGAAGGGAGAGUUGGAGACACUUCAGGAAGAGUUGAGGAAGGAGAAGGAGGAGAUGAGGAGAGUCGUCAGAGAGAAGCAGAGUCUGAGCGGUCACGUCAGGCGGCUGAGCCAAGAGCUGGAGGAGCGACGCAGCAGACAUCAAGUGACAGUGGAGGAGUUGGCAGCCCGUGCAGAGGAGGCGAGGCGGAUGGAGGGGUGCCUGACUGAGGGAAAGCUAGCAGAGGAGAAAAUAAGGUCAUUGGCUGCGAGGCUGGAGUCGGAGGUGGCGGAGCUCAGGAGGAAUCUUCAGCAGGCUGUUGAUCACAAACUCCAGGCAGAGCGAGAGAAGCAGGACGCACAGGAGCAGGUGGAAACACUCCGAUCAGAGCUGGAGGGGACAAAGUCUGACAACACAAACCUUCGCCACGAGAGCCAGCUGGUCAUGACGAAUGUGAACCGAUGGAUAACUGAUCAAAAGUCCUCCAACAAGAGCCUCACUGCCCAGAUGAAGGCCCAAAACAAGGUGCUGCUAAUCAUCACAGAGGAGAAAGAACAUCUUCAGGAGGCUAAUGACACGCUGAACGCGGAGGUAAAGAGACUGAAAGAAGUGGCGAACGAGAAGGAGAGAGACGCGGAGCGCUUCAAGGCCAAGAUCCGAGACCAAGGCGCCCUUCAGGAUGAGAGUAGCCUGGAGAAGCAGGGCUGUGUGGCUCGAAACCUCUACAAAAUCAACGACAUCCAGACCAGACUGUGGAGCAACCUAGAGGCCGUCGGAAUGCUAAAUCAACAACUGAACGCCCUCAGCAGAGAGAACAAGCGCUUGCGUAGGCAGCUGGAGGAGGAGAGGUCCAUACGUGGACGAGCAGAUGAGCACCGCUCCUCCAUCCACCUCCCUCUCUCCCUCAGUGCCCGCCCACUUCCUCCCUCCACCUCCUUACCCUCAUCCUACCGCCGCCCACCUUCCCCAAGCUUGGACACGGCGACAAGGGACAUUCGAACCCAUUCUGUGCCGAGUGGAGCCGGGGCCUGUGGGACCAGGUGAGUCACAGGCUUUGGGUGGAGUGUUCCGGAGAAAGGCGGACUGGCUCUCUGGAAGAUGCUCGGUCUGGGAGCACGAGCAGGGACCUGAUCAAAUGAAGCCCCCUGAAGACUUUGACCUGUCAUGACUUUUUGACCUGCAGCUGCUCACCAGGGAGCUCGCACGGUAUGAGGUUAAUGUCCUGCAGGUCAAAGUCAAGUCCCAGGGUGCUUUUUGCCUAAAGGGGGCUUGAGAAGCGGCGAAUGAUGGAAUUUUAUGAAAUCAUCAAAAUGAUCACUACUCCUAUACCAUGAGGGCGUUUAUCCCGAGAACAAAUUAACAUUUCCCUUAUACCUUGAAACAUAAAAAAACUACUGAUUUCAUCAUGUUGCAGCACUCAGAGCAGAGGUAGCAUACAACACCAGCUCUAACUUUUCAAGCUGCUGUUAUUUUACGAUGAAACCGAAGCACUCAGCACUAAAGGAGUUUAUUCUCUGCACUUCUUUUUAAACCAGCAACACAGCUGGUGAUCUGUAAUCAGUCUGCAGCGUUAUUUGUCUUACUCCAGAAAGAGUCAUGCUUUGGAUAAAUGACGGACAACACAUCAUCAGUAUCCGCAGACAUACCUCAGAUUGGAUGUAAAUGGAGUUACACGUCUCUGAUUACGCUGCAGCUGGGCGCCAUGUGUGUCUUUAUGCGUGAGCACAUUAAUAUCUGCGUGCUUCUCUGUGGAUAACUGUGGAUGACUGUCUACAUGUUGUUAUUGUUAUUGUAGAUGCUGUAAAAAUAUAUAUUUAUUGAUUUUACUCACUGUCGUGUUCGAGCUUCUGUUGGAAAGACUUAAA